AUUUGAGUCGCAAAAGCCGAGUGAUUGAAAUAUAUUUCGCGUGUCUCCUAUUUAAGCAUUAUUUGACUUUUUUUUUACUAUUCUAAAAUUAAAAGUACGCCGUGGAUCCUGACGUGUAAAUAAAUGCUAAAAUGGCACAUUGUAAAAACUGAAACUACGGCAACAUUAAAACAAAUGUUCUGUCUUGUGUCUGUUUAACAGGAACCACCUUUUUUUUUUAAACAGUGAUUAUUGAAACUGAGAGAGAUUCUUAUUCGAGUCGCUGCUCGGUGCUUCUUAUUACCAGCAUGCUGCUGCUGGUGCAGGUCUCUUUGCUGGUUUCCUGGCUGCUCUGUUACAGCAACGCUUGCGAGGAAGGCGUGCAUGCCAGCAGCAGUAAGAGAGGGGGCGAUAUCCUGCUCUGCAGGUCUUGCGGCUAUGAAAUCGCAUCAAGUCUGGACCUGAAAUUCAUCGCCAGCAAGUUGGCUUUGGCACAGCGAAACGACACGGUCAUCGGAGACCAAAAAGUCACGCUGCAGCUCUUUGAAAACCCCCACGGCCGACGCUUCCAGGUUAUCACGUUGAAGCAAGCGGCGCUGCAUAAGCACUGGCCGGCCGACGGUCAUUUCAGCUGGUUCCCCGGAUUCUCCUGGACCAUGUCCACGUGUCCUCGGUGCCAUGCCCAUCUAGGUUGGUCUUUCCAGCCCAGUAACUGGCCGGGUCAGGUCACAGAGAAACAUUUUGAAGAAUCCGAGGAGACAUUUGUGGCAUUAAUAAUCGAUAAACUUCUGCAAGAGAACUUUGCUGCCACGCUCCUUGUGGUGCCAAGGACAUUUAGGAGUUAAUAACGUGUGUGCUUUUUACUUUUUAAAGAUUAUGUAAAAAAAUAAAUAAAUAAAUAAAAUAAAAAAAGACUUGUCUUUUA